UAAACCCUCUCAACAAACAAACCCCUCUUUCUUUCAUUUCUCAUCUUCUCACUCCACCAUUGUUCUUGUUUUCCCCACCCACUCUCUCUACAAUCAAACCCUAAUUCAUUCCCACCACCAUGACUUCCACCUUAGCCACCGCAUCACCACCAUUCCUCACCUUCAAUCCCACCUCCACAACCACACCCUCUCCCCCCACCCUCACCCUCCCCCUCCGCCCCCACCACCGCCGCCUCACCCUCCGUACCCACUCUCACUCCCCCCUCCUCCACCACCUCAAAACCCUCGCCGGCGCCGCCGUCUUCACCGCCGUCGCACUCCAAUUCCCCGCCCACCCCGCCAGAGCCGAACCCCCCGCAACCCUCUCCGAAGUCCUCGAAGAAACCAAUACCGACAUCGAAACGGCGUCGUCUUUGCCACAGUCGCCUCUAUCGGAGCUUCUCGAAACGAACGAGGAGGCCGUCGCCGCGCUCAAGUCCCUCCUGCAGCAGAAGCUCGAGCAAGGCGAGGACGAGGAAGCGCUGAAGAUUCUCAAACGGUUAAUCUCCGCGCAGCCCGAAGUCAACGACUGGAAGUUUCUCGCCGCGAGGGUAGCCACCGAAACCGGCGACGCCGAGAGCGGGCGCAGGUUCUACGAGGAGAUUUUGGCGGCGAAUCCGCUGUCGUUCGAGGCGCUUUUCGAGAAUGCCUUGCUGAUGGACCGGUGUGGGGAAGGGGAGUUGGUGAUUGAGAGGCUGGAGGAAGCUCUGAGGGUUGCGGAGGAGGAUAAGAAGGCGAAGGAAGCGAGGGAUGUGAGGUUGAUAAUGGCUCAGAUUAAGUUUCUGCAGAAGAAUGUGGAUGAUGCUUUGGAGAUGUAUGAGCAGCUUACAAAAGAGGACCCUGGUGAUUUUAGACCUUAUUUUUGCAGGGGAAUGAUUUAUAGUUUGCUUGAUAAGAAUGAUGAAGCGAAGGUGCAGUUCGCUAAGUACAGAGAGUUGUCACCCAAGAAGUUUGAGGUUGAUGGUUACUUGAGGAGCCCAUUGUCUAGGAUCAAAGUUUUUGGUACAGAUCAAUGAUAGGUGAAGGUUAAUUUGAGGUCUUUUUGGCAAUUGGAAUAAAAUAAGGAUUGAUGGAUGGAUCAUGGAUGCAAACACAAAGGUGAUUCUACCUGAGUUGAAUUCUUUUACUUUGGCACUCUUUAAUAAUGGGUGGGUGAUAGUUGUAUGAUUAGUGAAAAUGAUAGAGGUUAGAGAAAUAAGGAUGUGAAUGGAGUGUUCUAUUGAACUCCACUACUACACUUUAGUGAAAACUUGGCACUGGCUAUUGUUGCUUGUGCUUUCACUUUUCAUCCAUCAUUGAAAUAACUUAUAAGAUGUAAUUUCUUACUGGUAUUGCUCUAAUACAUCAUAUACCAAACUGCUAUUGUGGGAGCCUUGUCUUUCCACCAAUGUUUUCAGAUAUUUAUCAAUCCAUUCUAAUAGUGAUAAGGGAUGAUGACAUUCUAGUGUCUUUAAAGCA